AUGGACCACCCGUCAAAACAGCGGCUCUUCUUCCCUUCCAAAAAGCCCACCGCCAAAGCCCAAGAGAACCACCACCUCCACACCUUCUUCUCCAUCACGCUCGAGCUCAAGAACGCCCGAAAGGCCAGCAACAUCUGCACGCCAAUCAUCGCCGCCGCCGCCAACGGUUCCAUCAAGUACAGCAUCCGGACGAACGCAUUUUGCUCCAUCGAGAGGGGGAAGGGAGGGGCAGCGGGAUGCAUUUCGCGACGUUCGAGAAGGUUGAUGGAGGAGAAUACGUUGCGGUUGCUGCAGCAGCAGUGGAGGUGGGUGUUUGCAUCUUGUGGGUUGGUGGGUGAUGGGAAUGACGAGGAUGCUGCUUUGGGUUGGGGUACUGGGAGCAAGGGUGAGGCAAAGAAGGAUCCGUGA